AGCUUUAAGAUGAAAGCCCUCCCCCGGCCGCCUACAACUGCUGUCAUUCAUAAUAUGCGCCAUCCUCCCUCUUCCCACACUGCACCGCGCCGGCCCCUGUACCAGAACUACGAGACAGAUUUGGAAGAGAAAACACAUGGCGCCUACAGGCCACAUGAUGGAGUCCCAGUUUAAGAAUGAUGGAAAUCGUCUCAGGUGGGAUCUGACUCCAGAACAGAUUGAAAUAAUGACUGGUGAGGUCAUUGAGCAAACAAAGAGAGUUUAUGACCAGGUUGGAAGCCUAGACCUUAGCAGUGUCACCUAUGAAAACACACUAAAGGCCCUGGCUGAUGUGGAAGUGGAGUAUUCUGUGAAGAGGAGCAUUCUUGAUUUUCUGCAGCAUGUAUCUCCCUCAAAAGAAAUCCGUGCGGCAAGCACUGAGGCUGAUAAGAAAUUGUCAGAAUUUGAUGUUGAAAAAAGCAUGAGGGAGGAUGUUUAUAGAAGAAUUGAACACUUGCAGACCAUUAUACCAUCUGAUACUCUAAAACCUGAAGCAAAGCGAUUCCUAGAAAGACUGAUCAAACUGAGCCAGAGGAAUGGACUGAAUCUCCCUUCAGAUAUCCAGGAGAAAAUUAAAUCCAUUAAGAAAAAGAUGAGUACACUCUCCAUUGAUUUCAAUAAGAAUUUAAAUGAAGACAUCACAUUUCUCACCUUUACUAGGGAAGAACUUGGGGGUCUCCCAGAUGAUUUUCUGAAUUCCUUGGAGAAGACAGAUGAUGAUAAAUUAAAAAUAACACUAAAAUAUCCACAUUAUUUCCCCCUGAUGAAAAAGUGUUUUAUUCCUGAUACUCGACAGAAGGUGGAAACUGCUUUCAAUUCCCGUUGCAAAGAGGAAAAUAGCAGGAUACUUCAAGAGUUAGUGCAACUAAGGGAACAAAAAAGUAGUCUUCUUGGCUUUAAAACGCAUGCUGAUUUUGUUCUGGAGAUGAACAUGGCAAAGAGCAGUGGAACUGUGGCUUGUUUUUUGGAGGAAUUGUCUCAAAAAUUACAGCCACUGGGUGAGCAGGAAAGGUGUAUCAUGCUAGAACUUAAGAAGAAAGAGUGUGAAAAACGUGGGCUGAAUUUUGAUAACCAGAUUAAUGCCUGGGAUAUGCGCUAUUAUAUGAACCAAGUUGAGGAGACCACAUACUGUGUGGAUCAGAACUUCUUGAAGGAAUUUUUCCCAAUUGAGGUAGUAACCUCUGGUCUUCUGGCCAUAUAUCAAGAGUUGUUGGGUUUGAACUUUGUAUUGGAGAAAGGUGCUGCUGUUUGGCAUGAAGAUGUGUCUUUGUUCUCUGUAAGGGAUGACGCAACAGGACAACUCAUAGGAAAGUUCUAUUUGGACUUACAUCCACGGGAAGGAAAAUAUUCACAUGCAGCCUGCUUUGGGCUCCAGCCUGGAUGUUUACUGCCUGAUGGCACCAGGCAGAUCUCUGUGGCUGCUAUGGUUGCCAAUUUUACUAAGCCCACACAAGAUGCUCCCUCUCUUUUACAACAUGAUGAAGUAGAGACAUAUUUCCAUGAGUUUGGGCAUGUUAUGCACCAGUUAUGUGCUCAGGCAGAUUUUAUACUGUUCAGUGGAACACACGUGGAGAGAGAUUUUGUAGAAGCUCCUUCUCAGAUGCUGGAAAACUGGGUUUGGGAAAGGGAAUCUUUGCAACGCAUGUCACGCCAUUACAAAACUGGUAAAGCAAUUCCUGAAGAGACAUUGGAGAAGCUUAUAAAAUCCCGGCUGGCAAACACAGGUCUCCUAAACCUUCGACAGAUUGUUCUUGCCAAGAUAGAUCAGGUGCUGCACACCCAGAUUGGUGUAGAUCCUGUUAAAGAAUAUAGCAGGUUAUGCAAUGAGAUACUUGGAGUCCCAGUUACACCUGGUACAAAUAUGCCAGCCACGUUUGGACAUCUGGCAGGAGGAUAUGAUGCUCAGUAUUAUGGAUACCUGUGGAGCGAGGUAUAUUCUAUGGACAUGUACUAUGCACGCUUUAAACAGGAAGGAAUCAUGAGCAAGAAGGUUGGUGCAGAUUAUAGAAACUGUAUUUUGAAGCCAGGGGGAUCACUGGAUGCCACUGACAUGCUAAGGAAUUUCCUAGGUCGUGACCCAAAGCAGGAUGCGUUUCUUCAAAGUAAAGGACUGGCUAAUAUUAAUACUCCUGCGCCUCUUGCUAGUUGAUCGAUUAACAUACAGCACUAUCUGUAAUGACUUGAAAGUAGACACAAGACCAGGGUCAUAGAACUGAUUUCACAACAUUUAAAAGUUGAUUUAUGGACAGACAAUUUUGUUUUCAAAUUAAGAAGAAAUGUGUUCUUCAGUAAAAGCUGCAGUGCUGGGAUUCCCUUUGUAAUUGUAAGGCUUGGUUGCUGAACAUUUGGAUCAAGUGCAAUAUGAUUCUCAGCCCUUUUAUCAUAUUGGCCACAGAUUUGGUUCAGUGGACAUGUCGAAUAACAUGUUUAGCCAGCUAACUGAUUUCUCUUUAUGCAAUCAAGACCUAAUUCCAUUUAGAUGAUGGUGACACACCAUCAAAGGGAACAAAAAAUCUUAACACAGUAUUUGAUAACAUAAGUGUAACAAUUCUAAAUCUUCAGGCUUAGUAAAUUAUUUCCAUGGUGUAUCCCUGCUCAAUGAAUAUAAUUCCCAUUAAAACACUUAUUUCACAA